GAAAACAAGAACACCACCACCACCGCCGCCGCCGCCAAGAAGAGACCAAGAAGUGCCCGAAAAACAAAACCAAAAACUGAAGAAGGGGUUUCAAUAGGAGACAUAGAAGAUAUCAGUUUCCGAGACGAAGAAACCCUAGAAAUUAGGGCUUCUCUCCUGGAGUGGUACGACCUCAAUCAGAGGGACCUCCCGUGGCGAAGAAUCAGUAAUAAUAACAGUGGUGUGGAUAAAGGUGAUGAUAAUGAAAGGAGGGCUUAUGCCGUGUGGGUUUCUGAAGUUAUGCUUCAGCAAACUAGGGUUCAAACAGUAGUAGACUACUUCAACCGUUGGAUGGAGAAAUGGCCUACUCUUCAUCACCUCUCUCAAGCUUCUCUUGAGGAGGUAAAUGAGACUUGGGCAGGCUUGGGUUACUAUAGAAGGGCGAGGUUUCUGCUUGAGGGAGCAAAAAUGAUUGCUCAAGAAGGAGGUGGAUUUCCCAGAACAGUCGCCGCUCUUCGGAAGGUCAGUGGAAUAGGAGACUACACGGCUGGUGCAAUUGCCUCUAUCGCCUUCAAGGAGGUGGUUCCCGUGGUUGAUGGAAAUGUAGUCAGGGUGAUUGCCAGACUUAAGGCUAUAUCAGCAAAUCCAAAAAAAACUAUGACAGUCAAGAACUUUUGGAAGCUAGCUGGCCAAUUAGUCGAUCCUUGUAAGCCUGGGGAUUUCAACCAGGCUCUCAUGGAACUCGGUGCAACAAUCUGCACUCCAUUGAGCCCAAGUUGCUCUGCAUGCCCUGUCUCAGGCCAAUGCUGUGCAUUGUCCAUCUCCAGACGCAAAAAAUCUGUACUAGUUACAGAUUAUCCGAUGAAAGUUGUGAAGGCCAAACAAAGGCAUGAUUUUUCUGCAGUCAGUGUUGUGGAGAUAGUAGAAGGUCAAGAUAUGGGGGUGGGACCUCAAUUUGACAGCAGAUUUCUUCUUGUAAAGAGGCCAGACAAAGGUUUACUUGCAGGCCUCUGGGAGUUUCCAUCUGUCCUCCUGAAGGGUGAAUCUGAUUUGGCCACAAGGAGGGAAGCAAUUGAUCAUUUAUUGAAACAUUCAUUCAAUAUAGACCUUAAGAAGUCCAGUAAUGUAAUUCUAAGGGAAGACGUAGGAGAAUACGUUCAUGUCUUCACCCAUAUUCGUCUCAAAAUGUGUGUAGAAUUGUUGGUUGUAUGCCUAAAAGGCGGGAAAAACACGUUGCAAGGAAAACAUGGUGAAGAACCUACUGCUUGGAAAUAUGUUGAUGGCAAGGCCCUUUCGAGCAUGGGAUUAACGUCUGGAGUCAAAAAGGUUUACACUAUGAUUCAAAAAUUUAAGCAGAGCUUGGCUACUUCCAUCCCAUCAACAACAAGAAAGAAAAGAACACCAAGAGGCUGAAGCAUUGCAUAAGUUAAGCCAGCUUCUGGACCAUUGCACAUUUUGUCGAUUGCUAUAAUGCUUUGUCUUCCAGAAGAUUGCGUCAUUUUGUGGGGCUCAAAUCCACCUUAAGUUGGGUUCCGCUGGUCAUUUCGUGUUGUUAUCCAGAGAAUGAAAGAAUGAGCACUCAGCAUGCGCCGGCAACUCAUAAAAAUGAUGUUAUGUUGGUAGAUCACUCACUAUGUACUAAGCUUAUUCACUGUGCAUGAUACUGAGUCACAGUGCUACUCUUACUUAUUGUAUUGUUGUAUUAAUUACUUAGGAGGCAUCAUUUCUUGAGGUAAGUUUGUAUACCUUGGCUUGGAAAGAUAAGAUUGGCUAGGUAGAACUAUGAUUCGGAAAAAUCAUUUAAUUGUUUUUUCGUUGAAACUCCUUCGGUGGAUCAAUUAUCUAUUUUUUAGCCACUUUAUUGAAGA